AUGAUACAAAGUGAAAGUCAACUGAAUGAGAAAGAAGAGAUAAAAGGUAACCAAAAUGGAGAAGAGAGUGAUGACAAGACCGAACGUACAAUAAAAAAUUUACGUAUAACAUCUGCCACACCGUUAGAACAAAAUACGGAAUUACUACGUUUUAUCGCAAAAAAAGAAAGUAAAGUUUUAGAAUUAAGAGAAGAAUUAAAAAGACAAGAAGAAGAAUUGAAAUUAUUGAAAAAUCAAUGGAAAACUAUCGUAGCAAAUGAUGAACAAGAAAAAAAUGGGACAUCGACAACAUCAUCGGAAAUUGUCGGAGAUGAUGGAAUCAAAUUUAUAGGUAAAGGUAUUAAUAGUGUUAUUGAUGGUAUACAUAAAGUAAAGGAUAAUGAAGUGACUUUAGAAAAAAUAUCACAAAUCAAAACAGCUGUAUCGGAUGUUGCUAAUUCAACAUCUGUUAAAAAAACACGCCAAGCGUGGUCAAAUAUUAGUAAAGGAUUUUCAUCAUUGGUUGAAUCUAAAGCGGUCAAAACGGCAAAAAGGAAAACUUUAGAAACAGUACAUACAGUAGAGAGAACAAUUAAUGAAGCAUUAAUAUCUCAAACCAAACCUUCAUAUACUCAAUAUGUUUCAAAUUUUACUAUCACAUCAGAUAUUUCAGAUACUGAAGAAAAUAAUAACAGUAGUGAUGAUGAUGAUUGA